UCCACUCACAUCCGCUCCCCUGAUUGUAGUGUUGGGGAAAAGGGCGAAAGCUAGCGAUGUCAGUACAGGUUUUGGCAGCGAAAAUGGCAGAGGUCGAACUCAAAGACGUCCCGAAAGAACUACCUAACGACGACUCAAACACCCCGACGUCGGAGGGAAUUAUGGACAGAAACUACCCGCGCGAGGCCGGUUCCUCCUCCGCCACCACCACGGUGUCCCCGACCGCGGAGCCCUCCACUAAAGCCGGGGAAUGCAGCUCGGGUUUGCUCGCCCCGAAGAUGCCGCAGGCUUCGGCUAUGAAGCGGCCGGACCCGCAGCAGAACGGCGGGGAGGCGUUCGUCAACCGGGACGGCACCGUGGCAGAGGCACCGCGAAUGAAAAAGAUCCAAUUCGCGGACCAGAAACAGGAGUUCAACAAGCGACCGUCGAAAAUCGGCCGUCGCUCCUUGUCUCGCUCAAUUUCUCAAUCGUCCACAGAUAGCUACAGCUCAGCCGCGUCGUACACGGACAGCUCCGAUGACGAAACGUCUCCCCGGGACAAACAGCAGAAGAACUCCAAAGGAAACGGCGACUUCUGCAUCAAAAACAUCAAGCAGACCGACUUCGGACGGCGAGAGAUCGAGAUAGCCGAGCAAGAGAUGCCGGCUCUCAUGGCUCUGAGGAAGCGAGCUCAGGGUGAGAAACCCCUGGCAGGCGCCAAGGUGGUAGGUUGCACCCACAUUACGGCUCAGACAGCUGUGCUCAUGGAAACGCUGUCAGCUUUGGGUGCUCAGUGCAGAUGGGCGGCGUGUAAUAUCUAUUCCACCCAAAAUGAGGUAGCAGCUGCUUUGGCAGAAGGAGGUUUCAGCGUGUUCGCGUGGAAAGGCGAGUCUGAGGACGAUUUCUGGUGGUGUAUCGAUCGCUGUGUCAACGUGGAAGGAUGGCAGCCUAACAUGAUCUUGGACGAUGGUGGCGACUUGACCCAUUGGAUCUACAAAAAGUACCCCAAUAUGUUCAAGAAGAUCAAGGGCAUCGUGGAGGAGAGUGUCACUGGUGUGCACAGGCUUUACCAGCUAUCCAAAGCCGGGAAACUAUGCGUCCCAGCCAUGAAUGUCAACGACUCUGUGACCAAACAAAAAUUUGACAACCUCUACUGCUGCAGGGAGUCCAUCUUGGAUGGUUUGAAAAGGACAACCGACGUCAUGUUCGGAGGCAAGCAAGUGGUGGUGUGCGGUUACGGCGAGGUGGGGAAAGGUUGCUGCGCCGCACUGAAAGCAAUGGGUUCCAUCGUCUACGUCACUGAGAUAGAUCCUAUCUGUGCCUUGCAGGCUUGCAUGGAUGGCUUCAGGUUGGUGAAGCUAAAUGAAGUUAUCAGACAAGUGGACAUUGUCAUCACUUGCACGGGCAACAAAAAUGUGGUAGUGCGGGAAAACCUGGACCGCAUGAAAAAUGGCUGCAUCGUCUGCAACAUGGGGCACUCCAACACAGAGAUCGACGUGGCAAGUCUGCGGACGCCCGAGUUAACCUGGGAGAGAGUGCGCUCUCAAGUGGACCACGUCAUCUGGCCUGACGGCAAGAGGAUAGUCUUGUUGGCUGAGGGUCGUCUUCUCAAUCUCAGCUGUUCCACAGUGCCCACUUUCGUGCUGUCUAUCACCGCCACAACACAGGCACUUGCUCUAAUAGAGCUGUACAACGCGCCGGACGGACGCUACAAGCAGGACGUAUACCUUCUGCCGAAAAAGAUGGAUGAAUACGUGGCCAGUCUGCAUCUGCCUACGUUCGACGCGCACCUCACAGAGCUGAGUGACGAACAAGCCAAGUAUUUGGGCUUGAAUAAGAACGGACCCUUUAAGCCAAACUACUACAGGUACUAAAAAGGAGACGGCAGUACUCCACAAAUCGUACAGACUCUGAAAGGAUGACUGGACAGGAAAGUCAACACACAUCCUUUAGAUGAUAAGCGCAGGGGUCGGGGCACACCUGAAGGGGGCGCUCAUUUAAUUUAUUCCCACUCCGAGAAGGUCUUUCGUUGCCGUUUGCCAUUAGCUCGCUCCCCUUUUGUCUCUUUUUUCCCGUUUUGUUGGGUUUUUUUUGUCGUCUUUUAUACUUUUAUUCUUGUGUAAUACUUCAUCUGGAGUCGCCGGUUGAAGUCACGUCGCUUAAAAUGUUUUUUUUUUUUAAGUGUUUAGUUAAAAUGAAAACUGGACAGUAAUUGGUUCUUCCGGCCGUCACUCAAAGUAAGUAUUUGGGAGAGUUGUAUUUGUUAAUUGUUCAUGAAGAUAGUUGUCAAAUCAUUACAUUCUGUAUAUUUACAUGUUUAUAAAAGCAAAUUUUCUACAUUUUUCUCCCUUUCAAGAUCAAUUAAUGUCAUCCAGGUAAGCCUUUAUUAUCUAAUUAUAUGUCUUAAAUGUACCUAUAUGAAUGAAUACUGUGAUUAUAUUAACAAAGAUACCAAAACAUGAAGUUGGAAUUGAAUUGAAGUUUCAAUUCCUUCAUUUUCACCUUUUUUUUUUUGCUACGACGGAACACUAAUCCCCGAUAUUUCCUGACGAGAUUCGUGCUUUGGUGUCCUUUUGUGGUGUCCUGCAUCUUCUCGGUAGAUUUAACGUGAGAGAACGUGCGCGUGUGCGUCUAUAUUUGCGUGUGCGCGCGCUUCAUAAACAGCUGCCUCAGGAUCCGAGCCUGCGCGUUUCAGGGUGGGAGAAUUUCCGUUUUCGUCAGCCUCGAACUGACCACCAGCAUUGUGUUUGUCUUAUAUAUAUAGAAUACAUGUGUUCUAUAUAUUGUAUACAGAUGAGACGACCUUUAAAAACUGUAGGAGGAAAAAUAUCUGUAUUUAUUGUUGUAAAUCCUCCCUAAAAAAAAGUGUCAACGCAAUUCCCCGAUUGUUAUGUGUAUAAAAAAAGGACGGAAAAUGACGAGCAAUAAUCUGUAAUCUCCAAUAAAGAUGUAAAAAAAAAAAAAAUUUUAUGGCUUUGUGGUGCGUUGGUAAUAUUGGAAUGUAUUAAUUAUGUAUUUGUGUAUGUAUCCAAGGGAUUAAAGUUCUUCGUUGCAAUGACGGAAAUCCAUCCGCAGGGGGCGCUGGUGGGUGGUAAAGAGUGAGACAAUAGGGGGUUUAUGACUAAUUUCACAAGCACGACUGAUUCUUGCAGAUGCUGUUGAAGCCUGUCUUGUCAUUUUUUUGUAUAUUAGCUUUGAUGUGCUCAUACAUACAAGAAAAACACACCUAAACCAGAAAAAACGCAAAAAAACCCCAAUAAACAUAACUUGAAAACCACAAUCUUGAAAAAAUACACAGAAAAUGUGAACAUAUGCACACAAAAAUAAACCUACAAAAUAUUGCCAAAGUGAACAAUGCAGAAAAACAUAAAAAUUAAAAAACACAAAAACUGGCAGAACCACAAAAACUGAAAAAAAAAAAUCAAAACGUACAACCUGCCUCCCAAUGAAAUAGAAAAAAAAAUGCCAAAAUUGAAACUCGCAAGGGGAAAAAAAUACAAAACAGUGGAAAAGUAAAAAAUGCAGAAAAACAUUAAAAAAAUAAAUAAAUAAAUAAAUAAAUUUAAAAAACCUGGUAAAACCACAAAAAACUGCAAACAAAAAUCCAAAACGUACAACCUCCAUCCCACCGAAAUAGAAAAAAAAUGCCAUAACUGAAACCCGCAAGAAAAAAAAACAAAAUAAUGGCAAAGUGAAAAAUGCUGAAAAAAAACAUUGCAAAAAUUUAAAAAUACAAAAAAAAAAAAAAAACUGGCAAAACCACAAAAAACUGCAAAUAAAAAAUCAAAACGUACAACCUCCGUCCAACCGAAAUAGAAAAAAAAUGCCAAAACUGAAACUCGCAAAAAAAAAAAAACCACACAAAAUAAGGGCAAAGUGAAAAAUGCUGAAAAAAAAUUACAAAAAUUAUAAAAUACAAAAAAAACGGGCAGAACAUCAAAAAACUGCAAACAAAACAUCAAAACGUACAAUCUCCCUCCCACCGAAAAAGAAAUAAAAUGCCAAAAUUGAAACUCGCAAAAAAAAAACCCACACAAAAUAAGGGCAAAGUGAAAAAUGCUGAAAAAAAUUACAAAAAUUAUAAAAUACAAAAAAAACGGGCAGAACAUCAAAAAACUGCAAACAAAACAUCAAAACGUACAAUCUCCCUCCCACCGAAAAAUAAAUAAAAUGCCAAAAUUGAAACUCGCAAGAAAAAAAACACAAUAUAGUGGCAAAGUGAAAAAUGCAGAAAAACAUUACAAAAAAACAACAACAAAAACUGGAAAAACCACAAAAAAACAAAUAGUACAACCCUCCCACCGAAAUAGAAAAAGAUGCCGAAAUUGUAACUCGCAGAAAACCCCACAAUAUAAUGCCAAAGUGAAAAAUGCUAUUAAAAAAAAAAAAUUUACAAAAAUUAAAAAGUACAAAAAAAAACCUGGUAAAACCUCAAAAAACUGCAAACAAAAAACCAAAACGUGCAACCCCCCCACCGAAAUAGAAAAAAAAUGCCAAAAUUGAAACUCGCAAGGAAAAUAAAAACACACAAUAAUGGCAAAGUGAAAAAUGCUGAAAAAAAAAAACAUUACAAAAAUAAAAAAAACAAAAAAAAACUGGCAGAACCACAAAAAACUGUAAAAAAAAAAAAAAAAUCAAAACGUACAACCUCCCUCCCACCGAAAUACAAAAAUAAUGCCGAGAUUGAAACUCUCCCAAAAAAAUCUGCAACCCCCCCCCCCCCCCCCAAAAAAAUGGCAAUCCCGCAAAAAAAAAAAAAAAAACCAAACAACCACCACCAAAAUUUUUUAAAAAAUGAUAAUUUGGUUGAUAUUUUAGUUUGUCAUUUGCUGGUGAGGAUACAUUGAUAGAUAGAGAGAGCAAAUAGAGGUUUCAUUGGCUGCAAUGGAUGGCGCUGGACAUCUAAUUCCUUUUGACUGGGUUGGGGACAUGAAAAAAAAAUGACAAAUUGGGGAAAAAAAAUUGGCAAAAUCACAAACUGCAAAAAAAAAUUGGCUAAAUCGCAAGCAAA